AUGGCAUCAUUAUCACCAUCAUCGAUUCUACAAUUUUCCACCCAAUAUUCAUUAUAUUCAAAUUGUAUUACAAGCGUUGCUGGACUUAUUGGCAAUACUCUAAAUAUUCUAGUCUUUACUAAAUUGAAAUUAUUUAGAAAUAAUCAAUGUAUUUUAUAUUUAACAGUUGAAUCAAUUUUUAAUUUUAUCAAUGGCCUUACUGUUAUCAUAGUAAAUAUUGUCUCAUCAGUAUAUGGCGAUAGUGCCAUAAACCAAUCGUUUAUUUGGUGUAGAUUAAGAUAUAUUAUAUUUCCACUGACUAUAUUAGUUCCAACUUCUAUGAUAUGUUUUGCUGCUUGUGAUCAAUUUUUUUCAACAAAUUAUCGAUUAAAUUUAAGACAAACAUGUACAUUCAAAUUAGGUCGAUAUCUUGUAUUUCUAAGCAUUUUUAUGAGUUUGUCUCAUACUAUUUUAUUUAGUUUUUUUACUGGUAUUCAACCGUUAAUAGGAUGUAGUAUCAUAAAUCCAAUAUGGAUUGAAUAUGCGACAUAUUUCUAUUAUCCAAUUCUAACAGGUUUAUUUCCAAUUUUCAUUACUUCAUUAUUUAGCUUCUUAGCUUAUCAAAAUGUUCGCCGUGUUGUUCGUCGGCAAAUUCCAAUUGAACGUCGUCGACUUGAUCAUCAAAUAACUGCAAUGGUUUUGACUCGUGCUGUAUGUUUCGUCAUUUUUAUGUUACCUUAUACUAUUUAUCGUAUCUAUUCAAUUAAUAUUAAUGGAAAACAAAUCGAUAUGUUACGAUCUGCAAUUGAACGAUUGAUUCAAACUGUUUUUUAUUCAUUUCUUAAUUUAAAUUCUUCGUUUGAUUUUUAUUUAUUUUUUAUAAUAUCAGCACGAUAUCGUCGUCAAGUAAAAUAUACUUUGAAGAAAAAAUAUUGGCGACAAAUUAAAAAUUUUUCAUGUUGUCGUCAAGAGAAUCAAGUAUGUCCAGAAAUUACGAGAUAUUCUGAUGAACAUAUUGAACUUGAAUGA